AUGGCGGCAGAGCAAGCUCAAUCCCGCAGCUCCACGCUGCCCGCUAACCGCACCAACCUCGCUCCCUGCUACUGCUGCUCCAGCAACGGCUGCCGUUCACCGGGAGGCGAAACACCUACCCUGAGCCGCUCCUUCUGUGCCAAUAAGGAGGCAUCACGGCAAGGAGCUGGGAAAGCUGCACCCAAUGGCGAGAAUUUCUGCAUUCUGGAUGAGCAGAGGUUUGCCAAGGAGCUGCUCCCCAAGUACUUCAAACACAACAAUAUCUCCAGCUUCAUACGACAGCUUAACAUGUAUGGUUUCAGGAAGGUGAUUGCUCUGGAGAAUGGUAUGAUUACAGCAGAGAAGAGCUCUGUCAUUGAGUUCCAGCACCCUUUCUUCAAGCAAGGGAAGGCGCAUUUGCUGGAAAACAUCAAGCGGAAGGUAUCUGCAGUAAGAACUGAGGAUCUCAAGGUCUGUACGGAGGAUUUGCACAAAGUACUUUCCGAAGUCCAGGAAAUGAGGGAGCAGCAGAACAACAUGGAUGUCAGACUGGCUAACAUGAAGAGAGAAAAUAAGGCCCUGUGGAAAGAAGUGGCAGUUCUAAGGCAGAAGCACAGUCAACAACAGAAGCUGCUGUCUAAGAUUCUUCAAUUUAUACUAAGUUUGAUGCGAGGAAAUUACAUUGUUGGGGUCAAAAGAAAAAGGUCUCUGACAGAUGCUGCCGGCGCCUCACCGUCCAAGUACAGCCGUCAGUACGUUCGCAUACCUGUGGAGAGCGGCCAGGCCAUGGCUUUUUCUGAACAUAAUGCAGAUGAUGAGGAUGGAAAUGGUACGGGUCUCAUCAUUCGAGAUAUCACUGAUACCCUGGAAAAUGCGCCCGAUGGUCUCCUUGCUGUGGCGCACACGAGUGGCAGAGGCAGGGAGACGCAGGCAGCUCUGGACCCUGGCUUACCUAUUUGUCAAGUAUUGCAGCCAAAUGAGUUAAAUUGUGCGGAACCUAUCCCACCAGUUCAUACAAACGAUGCCAACAAAUCCAGUGGAAUAGGACAUGCUGCGGUGGAGCUCCAUUCUGCACAGCCUAAUGCUCCAGAAGACCCUGUGUCAGUGAUUGACUCCAUCUUGAACGAGAACAGCUCUGGAAACCAAAGUGAUCCCUUACUGGACAGAGAAGAAAUUCAGGAUUUUCUUAAUUGCAUUGAUGCCAGCCUUGAAGAGCUUCAAGCGAUGCUGUCUGGGAAGCAGUACAGCUUCGGUUCUGAAGCUUUCAGCGAUACAUUCAAUCCUGAGCUGCCAGCCCUGGACAUGAAUUUGAUGGAAACGUCUCCUGGUAUGGAAAAUAUCGCGAACUUGGCAGAGAGCGCUGAAGACCUGGGAGCGAGCGAGCGAGAAACAGCGGGAAGCAAAGAUAUGCAGCUGAUACAGUACAGGGCCAAUCCUCUGCUUUCAUUAUUUGAAGAACCACCUUCAAGUGAAGCGGCCGGGAAGACGGAGGAUCCGAAAGACCUUCUGCUGCCUCCCCUGGAGGCGAAACCUGCUCUUCAUCCUCCAUCAGGGGGUGAAACUGUCUUGCCGCUAGCAGCUCCAGCCAGCCAGGCUGAGCCUCUGGAUGCUCUGGGGAUGGCUGAUCCGCCCCUCCUCUCAGAAGAUGGGAAUGGAGAGUAUAAACUGUUCCCCCUCUUGCUCCUCAGUCCCGUGGCUAACUUCAUAGAAGAGGCCUCUGAGAUAGAAACUUCCUGAGCUCCCGUAACACCUGUAGAGUUGUGGAACAGGCGACAACGAAAUGGGUCGGCAGGGAGUUCGACCUCUCCUCGCCUGUUGCCCAGGCGCCGUCUUCUGUGUGGCCAAAAGAAAGUUCUCUUUCCACAAAGAACACCUGGAAAAACUGAAAACAGGAGCUGGUGGGAGUGGAGGCACUGGGCAUAGGGGAAGAACGACCUCCCUGAAAACAUACCGCGACGUAUCCCCUAACUUUUUACCCAAUAUCCUUCUUGCAAAAGGAAAUCUGUUUGUAUCCCGUUUGUAAAGUUUGGCUGGGUUUUUUUGUUGGGUUUGGUUUGGGGGUUUUUAUUAGCUGGAUAGCAAUGUGGUGUGUAAUAUUUUAAACAUGGAUUUUACUCUUCCUGAGAACCUGUUUUAGGAGGUGGCUUGGCUACUGUUUGGAAUUAAGAUUUUAAUUUUUCUUUUGUUUUGUUUAUAAUUGCAGAAUUCUUUUUUGAUAGUUUGUGGCCACAAUUGUUUGCAUCUGCUUCGAUCACUUUUGUAUUCCUAGAUUUGCUCCUAGGUACAGGGAACAUUUUUCCUAUGGAAAAUUGCAUUUUAACUGUGGAAUAUUCCUUUUUAACAUGCUGACACGCGUCCAUUGCCACGGAUUGUAGGUGUUGUGGUAGGAAGGGCUUGCCACCCCGUAUGAUGCUGAUCUCUCAUGCACAUUGCAUGGCAGUUCUAGAGUAACUUGCACCUAGCUCACAGGUUAGAUGGCCUCAGAAAUUUUGAGUAGAACCGAUUCACGCCUAGCAAAGUCCAGCAGCUGUCCUGAGUCGGAGUGGGGUAACUUGCAUUGACAUGGGACAUCGCAUUAAGAUUUUUCUUCUGCUUGCAGCAGCUUCUUGUUUACCUGACCCUCCAUGAACACCGGACUUCUUCCUGCAUUUUCUGCUUGUGGAACCUUAAAGCUAAAUUAACUUGAUGCAUCUGAGUCCUUUGACAGCAAAUUACAAAAGCUAGUGUCUGCUUAUCUGAAAAAUCUUGCCCCGAGUUCCUUUCCACACUGCUUUCCUCACUUCUCUGAGCCGCUGUACUGUAGACGUCGGGCCUGGCAGAAUAGCAAGCUCUCCUCCACUGAUACCAGGCUUGUUGGAGCCUGCCACGAGCCCACACAAACCUGGAAUCUGCCGUAGUGAUCCAAACCAGGGGGCCUGGAGGCAGGUAGAAAAGCCACUGUAUAAUAUCACGCGAUACUUCCCACCAACGCAAUCACUUGAAAUUUUUUUCAGAUCUAGGAAUUCAGGCUACGUACAGGGUUUGUUCUCUCUGAAGUUUCUGAACUAGUAAGUCUUGAGAUCUCUCGUAUCCAAGAAUCCAGGUUAACCUGAUAUUCUAAAGCCUGCUAGAUAAACACGUGCUAUCUGUGCUGGCCUUGCUUCGUUGGACUUGUGCUUCGUUGUCAGAUCUUCUGAGUUGCAGAGGGGGAUCUUGCUGCCGAGCGUGGCGUACGUGCAAUGCCUGCACAGCGUCGUUUGUUCCCAUGCUGCUGUAACCGUUCCUAACCCUCUGACCCCUCAUCUCUGUGUCUUCUGAACUGCUUUUUGCCGAGUCUGUCUUACUCUAGCCUCUUCUGCUCGCUCUUCUGCUCACUCCUUGAGACGAAGGGCUGAGUAGUCCCCACUUUCCCUGAGCUAAAGGGAGAGGGGGAAUGGGCGCACUGCGCAUCUGUCAAGGGUUCUGCUGCCUUUUCCGUUUCUUCCCAAAGGCCUCGGGUUUUGCCAAGAGCGAAGCAGUGGCGAACAGACUUUUCCUCUCUGCUGUUCUGACAGCCCGGUGCAGACCACGAGUUCUGUGAGGCCGAUCUGCAGCUCCGGCUUCCCGACCAGCCUGGGCUGCAGCGCAGUGCCUGUCACGGAUUAUGGGCGUGUUCUUCCAUCACGGAGUGCUCUGAUCCCAGUGCAUCUUGCCGUCAGACAUCUGAUCUGAUUCCGUGAUAGUUUUUUAGUCACUUUUUCUCUUAAAAAGUUAAGAAACCAAGGCUUAAGAAAACUGUCAAUAAAAACUUGUGCAUCUGUGUCUGGUUUCUGUACUGGUCUAGAAGUGUUUGUUUAUGCAAGUUUCCUAAGGAAGAUUGCAAUGGGGAGGGGAAGGCUGAAUAGCGAGAAAAGCCCCAUGUGCUGAAGUAAUUAAACUCAAGAA